AUGAGUCGGUGUUGUGGGCUUUUCUGCAGCGACGACGAGCUUCAAUGGCACUUAGCGCUCAAGACACACAACUAUGGAGACUUCUCAUUCGCUAUUUCUCAGGCAAACUCUCAGUUCGAGGAUCAGGGUCAGGUUUUCAAUACUCCUUACGCGACCUUCAUUGGCGUUUACGACGGUCAUGGCGGCCCCGAUGCCUCACGAUUCCUCAACUCCCGGAUGUUCUCUAAUCUCCACAGGUUUGUUACGGAGGAUGGAGGGGUGUCAAUCGAAGUGAUAAAGAAGGCCUUCCGUGCCUCUGAGGAGGAGUUCUUGCAAAUGGUGGGGCGUUCUUGGCAGUCUUGUCCGCAUUUUGUUUCGGUUGGGUCGUGUUGCCUCGUUGGAGUGAUAGUGGAGGAUAUGCUUUAUUUGGGGAAUUUAGGAGAUUCCAGGGCGGUGCUCGGCCGUAACAGAAUACCUGGGGAAAAUGAGGUGGUGGCGGAGAGAUUAACUUCUGAUCACAAUGUGAUGGACGAGGAAGUCAGGAAUGAGGUGAUCAACCAACACCCAGAUGACUCCCGUAUACUAGUUCAUAUAAGAGGAGCGUGGCGGAUUAAGGGGAUCAUCCAGGUAUCACGAACCAUUGGGGACUACUACCUGAAAAACCCUGAAUUCAGCAGAAGCCCACUGUACCAACAGCUCUUCCCUUCCGCCACCCCAUUCAACCGGCCUGUUAUCACAUCCGAGCCAUCUGUUGGGAGGCGCAGGCUGAGACCUCAUGACUUGUUCGUGAUAUUCGCUUCAGAUGGCCUUUGGGAACAACUAAGUGAUGAAGCUGCCGUUAAGAUGGUCACUAGGAAUCCAAGAGCAGGAAUUGCGAAGAGGUUGGUCAGAGCAGCGCUUAAUGAGGCCGCAAAGAAGCGCAAUAUGAGUUACGGUAGCCUGAAAGGAACACCCAAAGGAGAAAGGCGUCAAAUUCAUGACGACAUCACAGUUAUUGUGAUAUAUCUUGAUCAUCAUUUUACUGGUGAGAAUUUCCAUUGCACCAACGCUCCUGUGGAUAUGUUCUCUCAUGAACCACAGGAUUAUGGCGAUGGCUUUUUUCCCUGAGUUGUGAAGAAUUGAAGAUUGUAGAGCAGCGAUGA